UUAUCAAUCUGCGAGUUGUGACGUUGGCCCUUCCUUAAAAUUGGGCGGUUGUGAGGCUACUGGCGUCUACACUGCUAUAUAAAGAGCGCAUUACGGCGGCUGUGGAUAAACUAUUUUCCUCAGCAACAAGGCUAACCUGAUGGGGAGUUAAACUAUUUACUCGACCAGUUAUCUUCAACAGGUAAUAAUGGAUUGCUUAUUAUGUUAAUGCAGGUGAAUAUAGGUAAAUAUCUCUUGAAUUGCAGGUGUUUUCAUUAGGCAUAGCCUACACAGAUACUGUAUGUAAUCAUUGGUUUGUUCGGUCCCUAUUUCAACUGUUUGUAGCCCACUAAAUCACUGAAAUAUAGUGUCGUUACAUUUGUUAACUAAUCUAGUGGCAAUUUAGAAAACAUUUUAUGGUAUGUUACCUUUUCUGUUUUCAGUUUGGCGUGUGACUUAGUCUGGUGCCUUCAUUAGAAAAAAACUGGACCAAUCCUGUCUAACGCACGCUAGAUUAGGCCUACAAACUUGCCAUAGGCUACAAUGUAUCCAAUAAUGUUGUAUGCUGUAAAUAUUUAACCAUUGAAUGAAGAUGUUACUUACAUUCAUUAUCUAAUGAAAUUGUUGCAUAGGUGGCAAUUGCUUGAACAUUUGAACAAGAGAUGGGAAUGUAACCCCUUUCGCCGCCCUGGCUCAGAGGCCAGAUAUUUUAGCCUAUUUCUGUCAAAUGUAACACUAUUAUAGACUAUAACAUAUUGUAAUUUACAUAUUUGCUCGCUUGGGCUUUCUUUGACAUUAAAAGGUGAUGCAACGCUUCUUCAAAUUGCCAUUGUAUUAGACCAUCGUUUGCGCAUGUGCGUGUCACGUGACAGGCUGUGUUCGAGAGCGUCAAAACCGUGAUGUGUCAUGGGUAAAUUGUGACUGACUGAUAUACAAAUAAUGUUGAGUAGUUAUUUAGGAUGUAAGGUGAUUUGUAGAUCAGUCAGUCUCAACUCUCCUUUAAAGACUGUUCCCGGUAGCAAUUCCAAUUGACUAAUCUUUUAUUUUUAUAAAGAAAAUCUAAACUCAACCAACGUCACAAUGAGUAAGGACACCGAAGUAGACAUGAAGGACGUGGAGCUCAAUGAUAUGGACCAGGAGAAGCAGCCGAUGACGGGCGGGGCAGGGAACGGGGAUGCUGGUUCUCCUAAUGGCACGGAGAAGAACGGCAGCGUUAAAGUGAAAAUCCCCGAGGAGACGGAGACUAAAUUUACCGGUCUAUCCAAAGAUGAACUCCUCAGAGUCGCUGGAACACCAGGGUAAGAACUAUUAAGAUAUAUGCAAUAGACUUUAGCUUAUAAAAAAAUAAGGUUAACGGAUGUUUGCAAUGUCAACAUUUAGGGUAUAAUAUUGCCUUACUAAAUAAUCUCUCUCCCUCCAUCACCUAAAGGUGGGUCCGGACACGAUGGGCCCUUCUGAUUCUGUUCUGGCUGGGCUGGCUGGGGAUGCUGGCUGGAGCUGUGGCCAUCAUUGUUCAAGCACCUCGCUGCAAAGACCUUCCUGCCAUGAACUGGUGGAAUUAUGGACCUCUGUACCAAAUUGGAGAUGUGCAAGCUUUCAGCGAGUCACAGAAUCUAAAGGGUAAGACCCCCUGAAAGGGGUGAUGACUAAGAUUUGUGAUGAAACCCACUAUAGGUUUCACCUCAUGUAAAACUCACUAGUCGGUCAGACAGUUCAUAUGAAGUAGUUUGAAUACAUUGAACCACAUAGGCUACAAUUUGCGAUUGGGUUGGGUCACUGAGGCUGCAGUUCCAAAGGCAGCCCAAGCCUGAUAUUUUGCCCAAUUAUUGGUGAAAGAGCUGAUUGGUCAAAAGACCAAUUAGUGGCAAAUUAUCAGAAGUGGGCUGCCUGUGUAAACAGCUUGAAUGAGAAAUUCUGGAGACUCUGAAAGUGGGUUUCGGGUGGUAGUGUCUGUUGAGGGGUCUGACCAGUGUUGAUUACAGGGAGCAACAGUGCAUGUGACGAGACAUGAGAUUUUAAAAUGCGUCUGCUUUAGCUUCCAAGUGUACGCCAUAGGAUUCUCAGAAUUGAGGUCACAUUUAUUGCACGUAAACAUGUUUACCACUUCCUUGACUCCGCUCCAGGGGAUGGAGGGGGGGGGGGGCGGCUCUUUUAAGCAUCCUGCUGAACCAGCAGAAUCCUCCCUCCUACACCCUAAACUGAUUGGUUUGGCAGGUUUCUUGUUUGGGGGUAUUAAGGUGUCUGCAUGCUUCAGUUCGGCUAGCCGAAGUCAGCUAGGCGACCCGAACGAGUGUGCUCGCAUACUCCCGUAAAAGACCUUAGCUUGAAUAGUACAAUUUGUCUUAUUUGUGACGCCGUAGCCAGUAUACACUUCCUCAAAAGUCAGAAUUAAUCUAAGAUGACUCAAAUGUCAUUCACUGACAUUUUUGCCAAGGAGAGGUUAGUUGCGCAAUUUUCCAUCUAACUAAGAUGUUUGUUGCAGUAUUUCUCAAUGAAAAAAUGUGCAUGAAAAAUGAGUUCUCAUUGAAUGACUACAUACUUAUUGAAGAAUCCCUGCAGUUGACUAAUCACAGAUGAAGGGGCGUAGACUUGGGCUCCCAAACUUGGGCUGGCCGAAAAAACCCUUACAGACGUCCAAAUCGUCACAAUUUCGUCAUAAUAUAUGCACAAACUCUUCCGAACUGUUUUGGCUGGGAAGCACGCAAACACCUUUAGUCACACUCCAGGAACUGGGCUACAUGAUGAAUGUCUGAAACAACUUGUUUUUGUUUGUGUGAGCACAGCUACAAUGCCAGUGGGCGAUUACUAUUCACUUGAUAGGGCUUUAUAGAAAAUAAAAUAUUGACACUGAUGAAAGUGAACAGAUGUCUAACAAAAUAAGAUUUCAAAGGAUAACAUUUGUUUUAUCCAGAUGUUGUGCCUUCAAUAAAGAACAACACCGAUGUAUGUCCACUUUUAGUCAGCAGUUUUCUACUGUGUAACAGGUGUGGAGAACAAGAUUGACCGUCUGAGCCAGCUGAAGGUGAAGGGUCUGGUCAUUGGGCCCAUCCAUGUUGCACCCUUAGACAACCUUGUGAGCCUGAACUUUGAGGCGAUCUCCUCUGACGCUGGCAAUCUGGAACAGUUCAAAGGCCUCAUUACAGCUGCGCACAAGAAGAGUGAGUAUAGCCCCUCUUUUUAUAGUGUCUUUUAAUUUAUAUGAUGUCCUUUAAAUUUUUCUCUUGAAACUGUUCAUUGGUUAGGCAGUGGUGUACAGAUGGACUAACUCUCUUCCGUCUGACAGGCAUCAAUGUGAUCCUGGAUCUGACUCCCAAUUAUCUGGGAAGCGGACCAUGGUUCUCUAAUGUUAGUGUCACAAACGUUGCUGAGAGACUCAAGGUAAGAAUUGAGCGUCUCUUCUCAGUGAACCCAUUAAAUCCACUUGAGUUCAUCAAUCUAAUGUGUGAACCCUCUUUCCUCCCCAGUCUGCCCUGGUGUUCUGGCUGAACCAAGGUGUGGAUGGGAUCCAGUUGUCUGGUGUUGAGCGUGUGGCCAGUGUGGUUCCGUCUCUUUGGGCUGACAUUCGAGCCAUUGUACAGAAUGGGACUGAGGGAAAGAGAAGGUGAGCAAAUGUCCACCAUUAUAUACACAUCACUCCCUUAGAUACUACUGCACUGUUGGAGCUAGGAAUACAAGCGUUUCGCUACACCCGCAAUAACAUCUGCUAAAUAUGUGUAUGUGACCAAUAAAAUUAGAUUUGAUUUAGAACAUAACUAGGAAUCUCAGUAGAUUGUUAUGCAUGGGAGCCACCUAGCGGUUUAGUGAUGGUAUUGUUUCAUCACAUUUUCAUCAUCCACAAAAUGGCUAUUGGCUAACUUGUGCCCUCUAGUGGCAUAAACUACACUGACUGCUGCUGAAAAGAGAGCUGAUACUGUAUCUUGAUUCUAUUACAGUGGGUACAUUAGACUUAUGUGACUUUUGUAGAUAGAAUUCCUUUCCUCAAGUAAAUGUUAUUUGUGUAUUUUUGCUCAGACUUCUGAUUGGAGUGACUGAGAAGACCUCUGCUGUUGAAGUCUCUGAACUGCUGAACUCCACUGGGGUGGACCUACUCCUAUCCGGGGCCCUCAGGUCUAAGAGCAUGACCGCUACGGAUCGUGCUCAGACUGUCCAGCAGCUGCUCUCCUCUCACAACCAGACCCAGCUGGCCUGGAACAUUGGGGACAGGAAGAAGGGUCACCUGGCCACACUGGUGGGCCCAGACAUGGUGAACUUCAACCAGAUGCUCCUGCUCACACUGCCCGGAACCCCAGUGUUCAACUAUGGGGAUGAGAUCGCCCUGGCUGAUGCGGUGAGCAGGGGGUUUCAAUAACUAAUGUAUCAUAAAACAAAUAACAGCUUUAGCCUUGGAGAUUCACACUUUUUUUUUAAAUAAAAGGUCUUGAUUUUUCUGGAUAUCUAAUGUCUUGAUUGUCUUUGUAUAACAGGAUACAAAGUCCCCUAAGAUGCUGUGGGAUCCCGCCGACGAUGAGGAUACAAAUGGAACUGCUAAGGUAAAUUGGAUGAUAAUGAAAAUAUUCAUAAAACUGUUGGAAAGGCAAAGCAAUUAAAAUAUUUAAUUCCUGCCACCCUCAGGAGGAGAAAGAACAGAGGCUCUCCUGCCGUUCCUUCUUCAAGACGCUGAGUGAACUACGUGGAAAAGAGCGUUCCCUGCAGCAUGGGGACUACAUUCCCCUCUUCAACUCCACCUCUGCCCUGGCUUACCUCCGCCAGUGGGACCAGAGUGGGCGCUACAUCGCUGCCUUCAACUGGGGCAGCGACGUGGUGACCAUUCAGCUGGCCCACCCUAACCUGCCUGGUAAGGCUGUGGUUCAGGUGAGCACAGACAAGGUCAACCUGGCCCCCGACAGUACUGUUGAGCUCUCUGCGCUGGAGCUAGGGCCAGGCCAGGCUGUCCUGCUACAGUUCCCCUACAUAUCCUAGAAAGGGGAGAGAUCCCAGCACCAUCUGUGUGGGCAUUGAUAAAGUAGUUGUCAAUUUUUUGUAUUUUUUUUUUUUUUUAGGGCAUCCUGUUUUUUAAGUCUGAAAAAUAGUCACUAUCAUUCAAAUGGUCAUAGAAUUUUAGCAUGCACUCAUCAAUAGAUUUUACUUGAACUCCUCCUAGAACAUAGAAACUGCUGUGAAUUAGUCUGGUAUUCUAGUAUGCGGUGUUGGUCAGACAUACAAACACCUGUCUGCUCAUCGCAAGCACCAGUCAACCCUUCAACUAUCGGUCUAUCUUGCUGUUACUGAAAAUACAUUCCAGACCAUUAAAUGCCAUGAUUGAAUUGAUACUUUUAAAUGUAUUUUAUUGGCCUUUUUUUUUUAAAAUUUAUUUUUAAAGUUGUUUCUUUUCGGGGCAUGGUUGGCCCCUUACUGAAAUGUUGUAAUUGUUUUCAAAAUGUUUCUCACGUUUCAAGAAUUAUCUGAUGUUAUGAUUGCUUUUGCAGCAGAAGUUGUAAAACACAAAGGUGGAGGGGCUGAAUUUCUUUCCUCCUAAAUUAAAUUGGCAUGAUCUAAAACUGAAUACAACCUUUACUAGUCUGUUUUAUUUUGGCUAGCAUGUGCUACCAAUGAUGUGGUGAAAUCUAAACCCUAGGUUAAACAUUAAAGCUAGCCCUCUCCAUUCUGCACUUGAACGUCUCUUCCUGGCAUCAGGUGUCCCUCACAGGCCUUGAUUUAGACCUAUCCAUAGUGCACGCAGGGAGCUCUGUCUCACCUGACUAUUAUAACACUUCUUAAACAUUUAUCUACCGACACUGGGAGAGACGCUGCUAUAGACGGACACAGUGACUGCUGCUGUAUGCACCCACAGAAGUUGGUUAAGACCUAGUGAUCGAGUACUGAACAAAAUGUAUGCAUUCGAGUGUUAAUGGAUAAUAAACAGACUUGUUAAUUAGCUGGGACCAUCUAUUUGAUCAGCCUAGGAUGACGUGGGGGGCGGGCACAAAUAAUAGUGACGUUCACGCCAUUCCACUGCCAUUGGCCUACUUGAU